AUGAAUCGAGGAACAAUAAUAAAUUCCUGGCAAGAUUUACAAACAAUGACUAGUUCAUAUUUAAAUCAAAAUGUAAAUUUUGAUAAUGAACCAUUUCAUUCAACUAAACAAAAUCAACAACAAACAAAACCAACAACUGUUUAUUAUGAAACAGAUCAUUCAUCAAUAUCCUGCAGACCACUUUCACCAUCAUUAAGUUCUUUAAAUAACAAUCAUGAACGUGCAAAAAGUGCUGAUCAUCAUUCUCAAAUGUCAUUUAAUGAAACAAUGCCUAUGGCACCAUCGUCUUCAUCUACCUAUACUGGCACAUUAAAUAAUUUAGCAAAAACAACAUCACGUUUGUCUCGUACGAAUAAUGCACGUAGUAAUAGCAGUACUAUUGGUACACGUUCAAGUACAAUACAUAUUGAUGAACUUCAUGAAACACAACAAGAAUGUGAAAAACAUGAAUUAAAUAUACUUAAUAAACGUUUUGAAAAUUAUUUAAAUAAAAUUAAACAUUUAGUAAAUAUAAAUACUAAUCUACGUCGACAAGUUGAUGAUGCAUAUAGAAAAUAUAUGGGACAAUGUGAAGAACAAGAAAUUGAAAUAAAAACUAAUAAUCAAAAAAAAAUUAUUAAAAAAUAUCAACAUCCAUAUGAAAUUCCAUUAAAUAAUUUACGUAAACAAAUUAAUAAUGAAGUACGUGCACAAACAUUAGUACAAAUACGUUUACAACGUGCUGAUUAUGAUAUUAAAUUUUAUCAAAAUAAUAUUAAAUUAUUAACAUUACAUGAACAAAAACAAUCAGAACAAUUUCGUACAAUACGACAACAACUUGAAAUUAAUUUAAAAGAAUUAGAACAACUUAAACGACAAUAUGAAAAUCGUGAACAAGAUUUACAAAUGUACAAAAAUCAAUAUAAAGAAUAUAUAAAUAAAUUAAUCAAAUAUUCUAAUGAUUAUGAUAAAAUAACUUACGAACGAAUAGAAAAUGAAAAUAAAUUAUAUACUCUUAAAGAACAAUUAUCAUUUGAACAAGAAUAUUAUCAUAGACGACAACAAGAAUUUGAAUAUUUAGAAAAAUUUCAUUAUGAUUUAAAUAAAGAAUUUAAUAAAAAUGAAUUUCAUUAUAUUGUUCAACAAAUUCGUAAAGAUUAUCAAGAACUUAAUGAUGCACGUUUAGCUGAAUUAGAACUAUUAUAUAAAACAAAAUUAAAUACAAUACGAAAUGAAAUUACGAAACAUAAUGAACAAAAACAAGAACUAUCGAAAUCAGAUGAAAUUCGUAUAGCUUUAGAUUCAACAAAACAAGAAUAUCGAACAUUAAUUGAACAAAAUCAAUUACUUAAAAAUAAAUUAGAACAACUUGAAAAAGAUCUUCAUAAUAUAAUUGAACAAAAUCGUCAACGUUAUGAAAUAUCCGAUCGUGAAUAUCAAAAAUUACAAAUUGAAUUACCAGAAUUAGAUUGUAUUAUUGUACAUUUACGUGAAAAUGCUAUUAGUCUUUGGUCAGAAAUAAAUACAUAUCGUUAUUUAUUACUUAAUUUACUUUCAUCAUCAACAAAUGAUAAAUCUCAACAACGAUUACAAAAAUCAUCUCGUUCUUCUUCUUCUCCUCCUCCUCCUCCAUCACUAUCAAUAAAUAAAAUAAUACCAAUGGAAAAAUCUACAAUAUCAACAAAUAAUAUUUCAGAAGCAAAAAAUUCAAUAUCAUCAAUGAUUAAUAAAAUAACAAAAACAACAGUAGAUACAAAAACAAAAUCGUAUCCACAACAAUAUCGUGAUGAAACGACUGGUUUCAUUGUACAUAUUGAAGAUGGAAUUAUUUGGGUACGAAUUUAA